CAUCAUCCUCUCUCCGCCUCUUGCGCUUUGUAUGCUCUUCUACCUCACACCCACAGUUCUAAGGUCUGUUCUCAUCGUACCUCUCUCUCUAUCCUUCACUCUACUUCCCACCACCACCACCCACCUCUCCUCUCUUAAGAAAAAUCCACCAGUCCAACCAGUCUCAGGCUACGAGCCUCGCCGAAGAUCUUUUCGUCCUUCUUUCGCCACCAUGGCCUCAGGUGGCCAGCAGUUCCCUCCCCAAACCCAAAAGCGCCAGCCUGGAAAGGAACAUGUCAUGGAACCCACCCCUCAAGCCGUCCUCCAUGACUACAAAGCCGCCAACAAGCUCCAAGGAAAGGUGGCGCUGGUGACGGGAGGCGACUCCGGCAUCGGUCGCGCCGUAUGCUACUGCUUAGCCAUGGAGGGCGCCACCGUCGCGUUCACCUACGUCAAGUCACAGGAGGGUAAGGAUGCAGAGGACACCCUCCAGAUGCUCCGGGAGAUAAAGAAGGGAGCCGACGUCAAGGACCCGAUCGCCAUCCCCGCCGACCUCGGUUUCGAGGACAAUUGCCGCAAGGUGGUGGAGGAGGUGGCGGGCACGUAUGGCCGCAUCGACAUCCUCGUCAACAACGCCGCCGAGCAGUAUGUGAAGACCUGCAUCACCAACAUCACCGAGGAGCAGCUCGAGCGCGUCUUCCGGACCAACAUCUUCUCCUACUUCCUUACAACCAAACAUGCAGUGAAGUAUAUGAAGGAGGGAAGUAGCAUCAUCAACACGACGUCCGUGAACGCGUACAAAGGCAAUGCCAUGCUGCUGGACUACACGGCGACCAAGGGGGCCAUCGUGGGGUUCACGAGGGGGCUGGCGCUGCAGCUGGCGGGCAAGGGGAUACGAGUCAACGGUGUGGCGCCGGGGCCGGUGUGGACGCCGCUGAUCCCGGCCUCCAUGUCGGAGGAGAUGGUGGCCAACUUCGGGAAGGAGGUGCCGCUGGGCCGCGCCGGGCAGCCGCACGAGAUCGCGCCAUCCUACGUCUUCCUCGCCUGCUGCCAGGAUUCCUCCUACGUCACCGGCCAGGUCAUCCACCCCAACGGUGGUACCGUUGUGAACGGCUGAAGGGUUGGAGAACGGGAUGUGGUUCGGGUGCUGCUGGGUGUAAUAGGUUUUGAUGGGCUGGGUGUUGGUAGUAUGUGAUGGUUUUAUUUUGGGUGAGCAUGGUAUGUGUAUUUGUAGCUGCAGUCAUGCAAAUGGUGCUUGGAUGCUCCACUGUCUGUUUCCGUAUAUAGUUGGUUAUGAAUAAAAAUUAUGGAAAGUAGUGCAA